AUGUCACAAGUCAAAGCCGGAGACUCCAUCCCCAACGUCGAGCUGCUCGAGGGCGCUCCCGACAAGAAGGUCAACCUCGCCCAGGAGCUCUCCUCCGGCAAGGGAUUGAUCAUCCAAGUUCCAGCGGCAUUCAGCCCUGACUGCUCGGCGAGACAUAUCCCAGAGUACAUCAAUUCGAAGCAGUUGCAGUCCGCUGGCAAGGUCUUUGUUGUCGCUGUCAACGAUGCUUUCGUGUUAGUAGAGUAUCCAGGCUUUGGUUAUGUUGCGUUGCUGAUAGGAUCUGUAGAAUGGAAGCUUGGAAGGAAUCACUGGAUGCCAAUCCGCUUCCUUGCUGAUGCCGAGGGCAACUUCUCUAAGCAGUUGGGCACCCAAUUCGAGUUUGCUCCAAUCUUCGGUGACAAGCGCUCUGUUCGAAGCGCCAUCGUUACUGAGGACGGAAAGAUCAAGUCGGUUCACAUCGAGCCAGACAACAUCGGCAUCAAGGAGUCCUCCGCUGAGGCGGUCCUUGGAAAGUAA